AUGGCCGUUGAUUAUGGAACAGAUUGGUUUAAAGUUGCUUUAGUAAAGCCCGGGAUACCACUCGAUAUUGUUUUAAACAGAGAUUCAAAACGGAAAACUGCUUCCGUAAUAAAUAUACGAGGGGAAGAAAGAAUUUAUGGUUCUGAUGCAAUUAAUCUAGGUGCACGGUUUCCCUUUAACACUUACUUUAGUCUUAAAAAAAUAAUUGGUCGAUUGGCUGAUGAUGUAUAUUCAAAGGAAUACCAGUCGAUCUUCCCGAACAAGAUAAUGUCGGAUCCAAUAAGGGGAACAGUCACAUUUCAACAUAAUGAAACGAAUGUGUUUUCUGUUGAAGAACUUCUCGCAAUGCAACUUUCUCAUGCUAAAGAAUUGGCCGAGAUCACGGCACACGAAACUAUCAAAGAUGUGGUGAUAACGGUUCCUUCAUAUUAUAAUCAAUUUGAAAGACAAGCCGUAUUGGAUGCUGCAGAAUUAGCUGGUCUAAAUGUUCUUUCUUUAAUUAAUGAAGAAACAGCCGUCGGCUUGAAUUAUGCAAUUUCACAUUAUUCUUCAUUCACAGAAGAACCUCAAUAUCAUUUAUUCUAUGAUAUAGGGGCGGGUAGCACAAAGGCAAGCUUAAUAAGUUUUAAAACAGUAAGCGUGAAAGAUGUGGGUCGUUUCAAUAAGACAAUAAUUAAAUUAGACGUAAUUUCGACGGGAUAUGACCGAACUCUGGGCGGACAAGAAAUUGAUGUUCGAUUACAGAGAUAUUUGGCAAAACAAUUUGAUAAAACUUUUAGUGAUAAAUUGAAGGAAUCAAUAUUCAAAUCUCCACGUGCAAUGACAAGACUUUUAAAAGAAGCAAAUAGAAUUAAACAAAUACUUUCGGCCAAUACAGAGACUAUUGCUUCGGUUAAAAGUUUACACGAAGGACGAGAUUUUCGUUUGCCAAUAACUAGAUCUGAAUUAGAAUCAAUGAUAAGUGAUCUCAUAAAACGAGUUGGUAGACCAAUUCAAGAUGCAUUAAAGAAUGCUAAAAUGAGUUUUAAUAAAGUGCAAUCAUGCGUUUUAGUUGGAGGUGGUAUUCGAGUUCCUUCUAUACAGGCUAAGAUAAAAGAAAUUGUUGGAGAGGACAAAGUUGCCCAGAAUAUAAAUGGAGAUGAAGCCGCUGUUCUAGGUGCAGCGUUUAGAGGAGCAUCUUUAAGUCGUCAAUUUAAAGUUAAAGAAAUUAAGAUUAAAGACAUAACACCAUAUCCACUCGAAGUUGUUUACGAGUCAGAACCGAGAGAAGUAGAACCUGUCGGAGCUCGUAAAUUAAUGACCUUUAAACGUGUAACUGAUUUUGAUUUUAUGAUACAAUAUGGGAAAUUGAAUGAAGCUGUUGCGAAAGAUUUUGGUCCUAAAGACAUUGCCACUUUCAAAAUUACGGGAUUGAUAGAUGCCUUUAAAAAAUUUGAAGAUAUUGAUUCGGAAAAACCUAAAGUUAAGGUUACGUUGCAGUUAUCAGAAUCAGGAUUUGUGACUGCUACAGAUGCUAUUGCUACUUUAGAACAACCGACAUUUACUGAUAAAGUCAAGACUUUCUUUGGUGUCAAUAAAAAUCAAUCAGAAGAGUCUUUAAAAGAAGUACCAUUUUCUGAAGUGAAAACUAUACAAAAACGCACUAAAAUCGAGACAGUCGAUCUAAAUCUCGAGAUUAAUUAUCUAGGCAUUAAACCUCUUGGGGGUAUAGAGAAAAUUGCUUCUAUCCAAAAGUUACGUCAAAUGGAUGAUUCUGAUCGUCAACGCAGAUCUCGGGAAGAAGCUAGAAAUAAUCUAGAAUCAUUUGUAUAUCGAAUACAAGAUCUUCUUGAUGAUCCGGAUAUUAUUAAAGUCACUACGGAAAAACAACGAAAAGAAUUAUCUUUAAAAGCAUCAGAAACAUCAGAAUGGUUAUAUGACGAAGGGGAAGAAGCAUCAACAGAUGCAUUUCGGAUGCGUCUUCGAACGCUCAAAACGAUUGAACAACCAAUUAUAUUUCGACGUGAUGAACUAAGUCGACGUCCUGAAGCGAUUUUUUCAAUUCAAUCUCUUAUUAAAAGCGUUCGAGCCUUUGCUAAUCGAAUAAUAACAAAUUUAACUGCUGAAAAUAAUCCCAUUACGGAAUUGGAACUCAAUAGACUAAUGGAUACUUGUUUCAGAGUUGAAGAAUGGCUUGAGGAUAAAUUAUAUGAACAAGAACGAAUCCCACCACAUGUUGAUCCGGUUUUGGUUUCAUCUGAUAUUCAGAAAAAAGCAAAAGAAAUACAACGUGAAUUAUCAAUAUUGGAAGCCAAGAAGAGGGCUUUUGAUUCAUCAAGUUUUACUAAAGCUUCAAAUGAUCCUCAAAGCACCAAAUCCAAUAGUCAAACAACCAAACCCGUCGAUAAAUCAUCGACGGAUAUUCCACGUGAUGAAUUGUAA